AUGUUUGCCUUUCUUGCACCAUCUAUUGACGCGCUUGGGGCUGGAACUGGAGCUGGUGCUGUAGGGCUGUCUCACUGGGAUUGUACCAUGGGUGAGAAGGCUGCGUUCAAACCGCUUGACGAGUGGCUCAACAGCCAGAAGGGUUAUGGAAUAGUCGGCCAUGCCAUCUGGCAUCUUAUGUCUACCUCUCAGACUUCUACACUGCAAGGGAUACUGGUCAAUUUACAGAUGAUUCAAGCUAUUUAUCGCAUGCGACAAUCACUUGACCCGAGACUCAACGAAGGCACGGUCGACCUCCUUGACCUUCUCAACAUCGUCAUCAUCAGCACAUCCUUUGCUUCGCUACCUUUCUUCUACCUUCCUAUGCUCAUCUACACACUCAGAUCCAUCCGUAGCAUGACGAACCCGGUCCAGGAUCAUCGAAAGUUCUUGGACGAGAUCUCCGUCCGUCGAGUUAAACGACGGCGAUUACUUCAGACUGCUGGAUCGACCUCGAAUAACGAUAUUAACAACGAAAACCACGAUACUAACGAUAACGACAAUGACGACACCCCCUCCCGCUUAGCCUCUCCCAAAGACAAACCCCGACCACAUCACAUCAAACCCGAAAAUAAAACUCAUGACGAGGUAUUGAGAUCGAGCUACAAGAAUUAUUCCCCCGGAGAGGAGACGAUCAGGAACGAUUACCUCGUAGAAUAUAUCGUCAGCGGGGUUUGGAAUGCGAGUUGGAUCAAAGGGGUCGGGAAGGAGGUGGAUGAGUGUCGAGAAUACCCAAAACUGCACCGCCUCCAAGCCCUCAAACGCUCCCUCGUCUCCUCCCACGCCCACCCUCCGUUAUACCUAACACUGGACCCGGUAUCGGAAUCCCCUCUCAGCCUCCCUUCUUUACUCUCCACACCUCCAGCCUCCUCUUCCUCUUUAUUAUCCACCUCUUCCUCCCAACUACCUCCAAACCAGGUGUUCGACGUCAUCCACAUCCGCCCACCCCCCCUUUACACCCCCCAAGAACUAAGCGCCCUCCCAAUCCGGCACCUAAGCGCCGAUCCGUCGUUCGUCUUCCUCUGGGUCGGACCGAGCGAUGGAGAUGGGCUUGAGAGGGGGAGGGAGAUGUUGAUGAGGUGGGGGUUUAGGAGGUGUGAGGAGGUCGUUUGGGUUCGGACUAAGAGGAGCGGGGGGAGCGCGAAGGGGAUGAAGGGGACGAAGAGGGGGGAUGGGAGUGGGAGAGUUGGGGUUGGGGGUGGGGAUAGGAGACAGGGGAGGGCUUCGUUUAAACGUCGUCGGGAUGGGACCUCGCUUCCAAAAGACGACAUCGACGACGAGUCCGAAAAUGCCGAAGGAAAAGAAAAAGAAGAGCUCGAGCAAGAAGAAGAGAACGAGGAAGACCCGAUACCUACCAACCUCCUCGUGACCCAAAAAGAACAUUGUCUGGUGGGCAUUCGGGGGACGGUGAGGAGGAAGACGGAUGGUUGGUUUGUGCAUUGUAAUGUCGACACCGACAUAAUCGUCUGGGACCCCGACCCCACCGACCCAGACCCCCCAGCCUACCCACCCCAGAUCUACUCGAUCAUCGAGAACUUUUGUCUCGGUACCAGACGUUUGGACCUCUUUGCUCCCGCUUCCAAGUCGGGUCGGGCGAGGGGCAGGAAGGGGUGGGUGACUGUCGGGCCUGAUCGGGUUGGGGUGGAGGUCGGGGUGGACGGUGAGAGGGAAGCAGAAGGAGAGGAACUGGAGGAGGCGGUUGACGGGAAACCCAGCGCGGAAGGAGAUAUUCAAGGAGAGACAGAGGGGGAAGAGGGGGUGAAACCGUUCGAUCCCGUCAGAUAUGCAAACUGGCUGGAAGGCAACAAGGACGAAAUGGGACGAUACGUCUUACCUCUUACGCAGGAAAUCGACAACCUCCGCCCGAAAUCCCCUGUACGUGGCGAACGCGCUGGUGAUUCGCACGGACUACCCAACCGACCUGGGUUUGUCGAUCGGCCAGGGUCGGAUCGGGGCCGUCAACAACACCAACAACGGCAGGUACAGGGUCAGGGUCAGGGUUAUGUUCAUCCUCACGGGCAUGGACAACAAGGGAUCCUUAGUCCGACGUCUAUGGCUACGCCAAUGUCGAUGUCGCCGUCGAUGCCGAUGGAUCAGAACCACAACCAGAAUCAAGGCGCGGUGGGCAUGAAUCCGAUGAUGAAAAUCAUGAACAUGAACAACAAUCCCGCUUUCAAUAACAACAAUAUGGGCAUGAUGAACACGGGGAUGGGCAUGGGUAUGCCGAUGCUGGGGAUGAACAUGAACAUGGGAAUGGGCAUGGGCAUGGGCAUGGGGAUGAACAUGCCGAUGAACAUGGGCAUGGGGUUCCCGAUGAUGGGGAUGCCGAUGAUGGGGAUGAAUAUGGGGAACGCGAUGUUAGGAGGGAUGUUUGGGAACGUCGCAACAACAACCGCAACAACAACAACAGCAGCAGCAGCAAAAUUAACAGCAACAAUCGUCGCAGUCGCCCUCGUCGUUGUCAGCUUCAGCGCCUGGACCGAAGCGUUGAGACAAAUCGGCGUGGGGCAUCGUAUACUCGACGUCUCCAGCAACGUCUCGCCGUCCCCCGAUCCAAAAUCAAAUUCUUCUCGCAAGACGUACGAUCGGGAAGACCCACAUCCGAUUGGGCAGACCCAGACUUUGCUCGAACGCACGCUCGGGAACAGGAGGGAAUUCGUCGGAUUGUCUAUUCCUCGGGUUUCGCAUGGCCGCAUGGAAUACCUUGUGAUUCAAAUUCGUCGUAUAUACGAUACGAUCUACGGUGUUAUUCACGCUUGCUUGCUGUAA